GGGGCGACUGCCUAUAAGGAGGGAGGCUGCUGGCCACCACAGUCCUUUCUCUCACUCACCUCCUUGACUACAAGAUGAAACUCCUUGUGCUGGCCGCUCUGCUCACAGUGGCCACUGCCGAGAGCAGUGUCAGUCCGCGGGCACUGUGGCAGUUCCGCAGCAUGAUCAAGUGCACGAUCCCUGGCAGCGACCCCUUGAGAGACUACAACAACUACGGCUGCUACUGCGGCCUGGGAGGCUCGGGCACGCCGGUGGAUGAACUGGACACGUGCUGUCAGACACAUGACCACUGCUAUGACCAGGCCAAGAAGCUGAGCAGUUGUAAAUUCCUCCUGGACAACCCGUACACCAAGACCUACUCGUACACGUGCUCCGGCUCCGAGAUCACCUGCAACAGCAAAAACAAUGAGUGCCAGGCCUUCAUCUGCAACUGCGACCGCAACGCGGCCAUCUGCUUUUCAAAGGUCCCCUACAACAAGGAGUACAAGAACCUGGACACCAAGAAGUAUUGCUAGAGCUGAGCGUCACCUCUGAGAGCCCCUUCCCCGUGCCGCGCCUUCCCCUGACUCCGUGCCCUUUAAUAAAGCACCCCGUUGAACGAC